AUGCAGGAAAUCGAAAUUGAAUCAAACGAGGAGAAAAAGAAACAGGAUGGCUCCAGCAGCAGUGUCGUCCCGGUUUUUCUGGUGGCCGGGGUUCUGAUUUUGUUAGUGCUAGCCGUUCUGAUGGGCUACGUUCUCGUCUCUGCAGCGAAGAAACCAGAACUCUGCUUGAGCAAUGAUUGCAUCGCCUCAGCUAACAGGAUUAUUUCCUCCAUGAACAAGAGUGUCGAUCCUUGUGACAAUUUCUACGAGUUUGCGUGCGGUGGUUACAUCGACUCUCACCCCAUAUCUGACACAGGAGCUUCAAGCCGCUUUGGCGACUUGGCGGAAGUAAUAGAUUACCGAGUGAUGAGAAUACUUGAUGGCGGUAUUUUCCCGUCAAUGCCUGAAACGGUUAAGCAAGUGAUCGAUUACUACCACAAAUGCAUCGACAAGGACACGCUGAAAACAAUCGGGGUGGAACCGAUGUUGAAGAAUAUCGAAUCUCUCGGCCUGCCUAAAAUCCCCCUGCAGAACACCAAACUCGAGAAAGGCGAAAUUGACGCCAAGAAAGCAGCUAAGAAACUUUUCGACCUGGACGAUAGGUUGAACAAUACGAUUUUUAGUAGAGAAGACACUAAACCUGCCGAAACCUGGGUGACUGUCGCUGAACUUCAAGAUAUGACUGAUAGACUCAUGGCCAACAAAGAUUCAAUCAAGGUUUACAAUUUACCAAUAAUCAAUUCACAAAUAAGUAAAUCCAUAAAAGAAUCUGUUGGUGGCCACUGGAAGCUGAGGUGCAGCUACAUGGCCCGCCAAGUGUUCCACAACGCCGUCAGCUACGAAUACCUUACCAGAUACUUUGACAACAAAACAGUGGAAAAGACGGAGGUGAUGGUGCAUGACAUUCACGAUGCGUUUGCCCAGCUGAUCAAAGGUCUCGACUGGAUGGACGAACAAACCAAAAAUUACGCCCUGGAAAAACUUGAUGCUAUCAAGCCGAAUGUUGGAUAUCCGAAAUGGUUCUUUGUUCCUGGAGCUCUGGACGAACGAAACUUCUUUAUUAAGGAUGUCAGAGGAGACUGGCUGAAGAUGAACCUCAAUAAAUUUGUUGUGACCUUCAAAAAAUACGACGAUUUCCGUUUCAAUGACACAGAUUGGCUCGGCAUUUCAAAGAUUGUGGUCAAUGCUUUUUAUACAAAUAGUUUAGUCGGAAUUUUACCAGACCUUCCUGCUGGAAUUUUGGACGCUCCCUUUACUACGAAUGGACUUCCAUCUUUGAAUUACGGAGCGAUUGGAGCGGUCAUUGGGCACGAGUUCACGCACGGCUUCGACAAUCACGGCCAUACUAUUGACAAACAUGGUAAGAAGAACAAUUGGUGGUCAAACGAAACCCUGGCAAAAUUCGAUGAGCGCGUCCAGUGCAUGAUCGACCAAUACAACAAAUUCCACUUCCCUGAAAUUGGACCCAACGUUACGUUGAAUGGCACUCAAACCAUCAAUGAAAACAUCGCAGACAACGGAGGAAUGCGUGAAGCUCUAAUCGCCUACGACAUGUUCAAAUACCGCCAGACGCACGACGGCUCUGACGUCCUCCCCGACCCUGAGCCUUACCUGCCAGGUCUUUCGGAAUACUCGCACAAGCAACUGUUCUUCCUUGGCUUUGGCAACAUGUGGUGCAAAAAUACAUCGCCAAACUAUUUGGAAAGAAUUAUGAAAAUAGAUGUGCACAGCCCUGGUCGUGAAAGGGUCCUGGGCACUCUUGCCAACACAAAGGAGUUCGCUGAGGCGUGGAAAUGCCCUGAAGGAUCGAAAAUGAAUCCGGCCGACAAGUGCAUCGUUUGGUAA